AUGCUCUCCAGCACCAUCGCAACUUUCCUGGCCAUCGCGGCGGCAGACGUCGCCCUUGGACAGUCGUUUAGUAGAUGCAAUCCGCAGCUGCGUGACGGAUGCCCCCCCAACUCUGCGUUCGGCAACCAGCAAGCAUCGUGUGACUUCGCCCAAGACACCUGUGGUGCAUUCACGCCCAGUGCUGGCACAACCAUCACACAUGGCGCCAGCGGGGCCGCGUUCAAGAUUGAAGAGUCGAGAGAUGCUCCUACUAUCGAGACGCGCAAGUACAUCUUCUUUGGAAGGGUCGAAGUUGUGAUGCAAGCCGCUCCGGGGAACGGCAUCGUCACCAGUGUCGUUCUGCAGUCCGACGAUCUCGACGAGAUUGACUGGGAAGUCAUCGGAAGUGACAACGCCCGUAUCCAAACAAACUACUUCUCCAGGGGAAACACUUCCACCUACGACCGCGGCAAGUUCCACGACGUCAGUAAUCCCACUGGCUCAGCACACAGAUACACCAUUGAGUGGACAAAGACACAGCUUGUGUGGUCCAUCGAUGGCAAGCCUGUCCGCACCCUUCUCGCCAAGGACUGCAAGGCAGACACCUCGUCCGGGUUUCCCCAAACUCCAAUGCAGAUCAAGCUAGGCACAUGGGUGGCCGGCAAACAAGGCUCUGCCCAGGGUACCAUCGAUUGGGCUGGCGGGUAUGCCGACUGGAGCAAGAAGCCGUUCGUCGCCUACUACAAGAGCGUUGCCAUCACCGAUUAUGCCGGUGGCGAUGGGCCUGGGAAGGCCGCAACGCAGUAUGUUUACGGGGACAAGUCCGGCACUUGGGAGAGUAUUCGGGCUCAGUAG